AUGCAGUCUAAUCCUACAAAUUUCAAAGAGUUUUCAUCUUAUCUUCGCUCCUCCUCUCUCCAUCUGGAUAUCCUUUGCUUGCAAGAGGUAUCUCAUUUCCGCUCUCAAUCUACUCUUACUGAAUCUCAAGUCCGUUCCUUUUCUUUUGCUUUUCCUAAUUGUUCUCUCGUUGUGUCUAAACACUGUGCUAUUAUAUGUCUUAAUUCUCGGUUUUCCCUGGUGGAUACGGAGGUAUUGUUGGAUGAACGUUGUCUUGUUGCAUCUGUCGUAGAUGCCUCAAGCAAUGUUUUGUGCAAAGUGGCCAAUAUUUAUGGUCCCGCGCAGUCUUUUGACCGUCCUUCAUUUAUCUCUGAUUUUCUCUCUCUUUCUGUUUGGUCUGAUGUGUUCAACACACCUUGGAUGGUUAUGGGUGAUUUCAACAUUCACUUGCACUCUUUGUCUACUUCUCGUCAAGCCGAUGUCGCUCCUUUUGUUCACUGGUUGCGUACUCACUUUGUCAAUUGUCAUCCGGAUGGUUUAGCCACGUUUCCAAAGAGCAAUACUUGUAUUGAUUACAUCUUUGGUCACUCUUCUCUUGCUCCUCGUUUGACUAAUAGUCAGUUACUAUAUAUGCCUAGUAGGUGGACGGAUCACUCUCUUUUGACUGUUGAAAUGUUGCCUGCGACAGCUAGUAUUGGUCCUGGUAGUUGGCGGUUCAAUCCAACUCUGCUUGAUGAUAAGGAAUUUGUUGCGUUGUUGAAUGCCACGGUGUCAUUGUUUUUCUCUGGUGCUGUUGGUGGUGGGUCUAAGGGUGUCAAUACUAGUCAAGGUAGUAGUGGUGACUCUGAAAGCACGGUGGCUAGAUGGGAAUCCUUCAAGUUGUUACUAAAGUGCUGUGCACAAAAGUACACUAGAAGCAUGAAAGCACGAUUCAAGAACAAAGUUUUUACGCUUCAACUGGAACGUAUUAGGGCUCUGUCGACGUCUGUAUCGGGUAUUGAGACUAGGAAUGCUAUUGAUCCAACUGACAGAGUGUCUACUGCUUCAGGUGAUGCUGAGCAGGUCAGGCAACUGGAAGUUUUGAUUGAGAAUCAGAUACAGAAAGAGACUAGUCAGAAUAUGCCUCGCUCUGCCACUCGUUGGUUAGAACAGGGAGAACGUAGCAACAAGUAUUUCUAUCGUUCGAUCAAGGUGCGAGAGUCUCAACAGACAAUUCAAUCCUUAAAGUGCUCUACUACUGGGGAUAUCUUGGUGGAAGCAGCAGCUAUCAACAGGGAGGCACAAGGUUUUUACCAACGGCUAUAUACCCCUGAUGCUGUCGAUGCUGAAGCUAUCGAUACUCUCCUGGGGAAUGUUCCAACUGAUGUACGCCUAUCAUCUUUGGAUGGUGAUAUGCUAAUGGAACUUCCAACACGCGAUGUUUUGUUGUCUUUGCUCACUCAUGCUCCCAAGUCUAAAAGUCCUGGUCUUGACGGUUUGCCUUUUGAAUUGUAUCAAUAUCUUGCUGGUGUUUCUACUGAUUUUCUUGACUUGCUUGUGGAUGUGUUGGGUGCAGCUUUUUCUGGUGUGUUUCCUCCUUCGUGGCAGCAAACUCGUAUGGUGCUUUUGUUCAAGAAGGGUGACCCUCAGUUGUUGGUUAACUGGAGACCUUUGUCCUUAAUUAACAGUGAUGCCAAGUUAUUUACAAAGCUCAUUGCUAAUCGUAUGAACAAAGUGUUGCCAAAGUUAAUCAACCCUUAUCAAACUGGUUUUCUCCCUCAUCGUCUGAUCUCUGACAAUGGCUGGUUAAAUCAGUUGUUGCUGUCUCACUUGCGUGUUGUUGCUCCUGAUUUACCUCAAGUGGCUGUCUUGUUGGAUCAAGAGAAGGCGUAUGAUCGGGUUCAUCCUGAAUAUCUUUGUCGUGUGUUGCUCCGGUUUGGUUUUCCUGGUGAGUUGGUGUCUUGUCUGUCUUCUUUGUUCUUUGGAACCAAGAUUUCAAUGUCUAUCAAUGGUUGGCUUGGUGCUCCUGUACCUCAGUUGCGAGGUCUUCGUCAAGGUGAUCCUCUCUCUCCAUUGCUAUUCAAUCUGGCAUUUGAGCCUUUGCUUCGUUCUCUUCUUGCUUGUCCUGGUCUCUCUGGUGUUACUCUGUCUCCUGUUGAUAUCCCACGUAAAUGGAAGCCUUCACCGGUUGAAGUUCGUGUGGAUCAUGGUACUGGUGCCCGGAAUUGGACUUUGGACUUUGUUAGUGGCUCUGUUGCUCCUCCUCCUGUCAAGAUUCUGAGCUAUGCGGAUGAUCUUGAGGUGUUUUUGUCUUCGCCAGAAGAGUGGUGUGUGUUGUUGUCUGUUCUUGAUCUGUAUGGCCGAGCAUCUAAUGCGAAAGUCAAUAUCAGCAAGACAGUGUUGGUGUCGUUGUCUGGUGUGUCCCACUCUGCUUGGGUUGCUUUGGCUGAUUCUACUGGUCUCCAGUGGCAUGACGCUCACUCUCGUGGUGCAGUACGUUACUUGGGUUAUCCCUUGCAUCAUACUGAAAGUCAACUUCAAGACUAUCUUGAUGGUGUCUUGGUGAAGGUCCAGCGACACAGUAACUUGUUGAAACAAAGGAAUCUCUCCAUUAGGGGAGCAGGACUAGUGGCUAACUCGUUAAUGUUGUCAAAGGUAUAUCAUUUAUUGCGUGUUGUUCCUGGUGGUGCUACUACUGCGUCGUGGUUGAAGUCUCUCACUACGGUGGUUCGUGAGUAUCUGGUGUCUUUUCGCCCUGGUGUUGCCUGGUCUACUUUGUGUCUUCCUCGCAAAUUUGGUGGUGUUGGUCUCGUGGAUAUAGCAGAUCAAAGCUUAGCUUUGCAUCUUGUCUAUUUGCAACGUUUGUUGCGUCCACCCUCUCCCAAUGAUUUUGUCUCCUCUUGGUUGGUGUAUGCCUUUCAAGUCUACACUGGCCAUAAGUCCAUCUUGCAGUGGUUUUGUUUUCCUGGUCUUUACCAGUCUCGUGUGUCUUCUGUGCCUGUUCUAAAGCAUCUCGGAAAGCUUCUGUUGAGAUUGCCAAAGCUAGUUCCUUCCUCUGGUUGGUCUGCUAGGUGGUUUCUUGAUCUUCCCUUGUGUUCUGUACUCAGUACUGUGCCUUCUGUUCGUCCUCCUCGUGAUCCAUCAUCUCUUGAUCCUCGUUUCUUGGUGUCGGAUGUCUCUUUCUGGCAACCUGAUCUAGGUAUAGUCGAUGGUGCCACCUCUCAUCUUGCUUGGUCAUCUCGUGUUUUGCGCCCUGUUUUUCUUGCUUUGAACCGUGAUCGUGGUCCUGUCUCGCUGGUAUUCCCGCCUGUCAUGGAUAGUAAGAUAGUCUUGUCUCAAGCAGACUAUUUUACUAUGCCCCGUUCUGAUGGUGCUACCUCUUGGAUGCCAGAUUGUACUCAUUGGACUGUCUCCAACUCGUCUCGUUCUGCUGCUCCGGUUGCUCGUCUCUCUCUUGGUGCUUUGCGAAGGUAUUGGCACCCUGCAAAGGGUACCAUUACCUCUCGUAUGGGUCCUCCCUUGAAGUUGCCUGCUCAUUUGUUGCUGUCUCCUGCUUCGUGGCGUCUUUUCUGGUCCCUGGAAUUGCCUGCAAAGGCUUUCACACCUUGGUGGCGAUUGCUACAUGACCGUGUCCCGCACCGCUCGUGGUGCCAUAAGAUUAUGCCUACCAAAGUUCUGUCUCCUGCUUGUGCUCUUUGCGGUUUCUCUACAGAGGACCUUUACCAUUUCGUGGUGGGUUGCCAUGUCAAGUCAUUUUUCUGGCAGGAUGUAGUCUCUUUGUUGUCACUUCAAGAGCUACUCCCCUCUGCUUCUUCUAUUUGGUUGGCGCUGACUACCUUUUGUAGUGGUUCAGAUUUGUUGGUGAUCGAUGAGGAUGUUCUGAUUGCUCUUGGUGCUGCUUACAGUACACUUUGGAAGUAUCAUUGGCGAUGCGCCAUAAACGAGGAGGAGCCUUGGAUAGCUUCUGCUGCUAUCAAUAUGGUCCGUCAAGACCAUGGUACACUCCUUUCUUCUCUUUCUCUGGCAAGUGUUCAAGCUGGCACCUUGUCCUUGCCUGUAAAUUCUGUAUAG